UUCGAUCGAUGAUGUCAUCGACGGCGAACUGCGGUUUCAUUGAAUUUGUUAAUUUUAAUUCUGAGAAAAAAGCCUGUGUCUUAAUUCGGGUGGUGGGAGAGUGUGCCCCAUUAUCCGUCGCCGAGAAGUGACUUCCAUCUCUCUACAAAUUUAAGGGCCGAAGAGACCAAGAGAGAGAGAUAGAGGUUGGCAAUGACAAAAAAAUCUGAGAAGUUUUCUGCAGAUUUUGUGAUGGGAGGAAUGGCAGCAUUGGUAUCAAAGAGUGCAGCAGCACCCAUUGAGAGAGUGAAGCUUCUGUUGCAGAAUCAAGGAGAGAUGAUAAAAAGAGGACAGCUUAAGAGACCUUAUAUGGGUGUUGGUGAUUGCUUUAAGAGGGUCUUUAGAGAAGAAGGCGUCUUGUCCUUUUGGAGAGGCAACCAGGCUAAUGUUAUUCGAUAUUUUCCUACUCAGGCCUUCAACUUUGCAUUUAAAGGUUACUUCAAAAGCAUUUUUGGCUGCUCAAAAGAGAAAGAUGGAUACUUAAAGUACUUUGCAGGAAAUGUGGCUUCAGGAAGUGCUGCUGGAGCAACUACUUCAUUAUUUCUGUAUCACCUGGACUAUGCACGAACACGGCUAGGCACUGAUGCAAGGGGGUCUGCAGUUAAUGGUCAGCGCCAGUUCAGAGGGAUUCUAGAUGUUUAUAGUAAAACCUUGUCAAGUGAUGGAAUAGCGGGUCUCUAUCGAGGUUUUGGGGUUUCAAUUAUUGGGAUUACACUGUAUCGAGGCAUGUACUUUGGGAUUUAUGACACCAUGAAGCCUAUUGUUUUGGUUGGGUCUUUGGAGGGGAAUUUUUUGGCUAGUUUCUUGCUUGGUUGGAGUGUUACAACAGUCUCUGGGGUCUGUGCCUAUCCAUUUGAUACCCUUCGGCGCAGAAUGAUGCUUACAUCGGGACAACCAUCGAAGUAUCGCAACGCCAUACAUGCAUUUCGUGAGAUUGUUUACCUUGAGGGUUUCACAGCGCUGUUCCGAGGAGUUACUGCAAAUAUGCUUCUAGGGGUUGCUGGGGCUGGGGUACUUGCAGGAUAUGAUCAGCUGCACCGAAUUGCAUAUAGACAUGGUUAUUCUAUUGAGCCACAUCAAAGAGUUUUGAAGUGAAAGUCCGGACUUGGCACACUGGUCGACAUGGUUAUUCUUUUUAGCAGCUUCAUAGAGUUUUGAAGUGAGAGGCCAGACAUGGCACAUGGACAUGGUUAUUCUUUUGAGUCAUGAAAAAGAGAUCUGAAGUAAAUGUCAAGAUAUGAGAUUUGUAUACUAGUGUUACCUCUUCAGUUGAUUCAUAUAAAGAUUUUAUUCAGAAUUUAAGAAGAAAGAGGUGAAGAGGAAAAUGGCACGACAAGGUAAGGAAGGCUGCCGAUUGAUGUUUCCUGGAAUGCCUAAAGAAAAUCAAAGGCUUCCCUCUGUUCAGUUGAAUAAAUUUAUUUUCAAUUAUUUGCAUCGGCAGUGAUAAGAUUGCAGAUUUAGUGUAUAGGUACCACAUUCACGCACAUAGUACUGAUGAAGAUAGGAUACAGAGAAGCUGUUUGUGCCUUCCACUUUAUGUUUAGCCUCAACUCUCAAAGGAUGUUUUUUUUCUUUAUUUCAUUCAAAAAGGCACAACCAGGAAACGAAUGUUCCAAUUUGUAUCCAAAAUGUAUAAAGAUUAUGAUUUCCC